ACUGAAGCGGUAGCAAUGCAGCCCAAUCUGAUAGUUGUCUUCUAUUUGGCACUUGUUGCACCACUGAGCUUUGUUGUGGUGCAAUCGCAAAAGUUUCUGCCUGAACCACCCACAUUUAUAAAGCCUUGCGCACUGAAGGAUAGCCAGAGUAACGACUGCUUGGCUAGGAAUAUUGAAAACAUUUUUCAACACUGGCGGAAUGGCGUACCGGGCCUCAGCGGUGUUGGCUCUCUGGAUCCAUUUCGGGUGAAUCGCUUGCGCAUUGCCCAGCGAGUGCCACCAAAUGUGGAUGUGCGUGUGGAGUUGCGAAAUAUGACCACAGUGGGUCUCAGCCAGGCCAAGAUACUGAACAGCACCACGUUGUACAACACUGGCCACUAUAAUCUCGGCUUUCAUGUGCAUCUAACACAAAUCAAUUUGACGAGCAAAUACAAGCUGAAGGGGCAUGUACUCCUACUCAAUCUUAACAGCACCGGCGUUUUGACCUCCGAGUUGGACAAUCUGGAGUUCUAUGUGGCAUUCCGAAUGCAGCCACAGCAGGCAGAGGGCAUCACAUUCAUGAAUGUGACCGCAAUUAAGACGGACAUCGCACGCAUCGACAACAUUCGCAUUAAUCUAACCAAUCUAUUUAAUGGCAAUAAGGAACUGGAACGUAGUGCCAACGAUAUCUUCAAUGAGAAUUGGCGCGUUCUGUUUGAAAUCUUGCGGCCCGUUCUGACCCAAACUUUUGACAGCGUUCUGGAGGAUCGAUUUACUAAAGUAUUUCGAUAUUUGCCAGCCAAGUAUUUGUUCAAGGACGUUGAAUAAUUAUUUGAAGCUCAU